UUGAAACCCUCACUCUCGUUCUCUCCGCCGCAGACCAAGGAACAGUAUCCACCACCGCCGCUCAUCGUCGCUGGUCGGUUAAUCUAUACGUAUUUUCUCCGGCAUCAUUGAAGUCUUCACUUGUAUUGUUACUUCCAGGCAUUUGACUAUUUCGAAUCCCAUAAGAAGGGGCUACAGCUCAGGUGAGCUUUUUCUGCGAGAUGAUUGUUCUAUUUUGCCGAGAAUGGAAGUUAUCUAACGCAGUGAAUCGUGAAACGUGAUUACGUUGGGCGAAUCGUGAUUUCUAUAUGGCAAGGAAAAAAAGUUUUAAUGGCAGGAUAAUUUGCGACAUUUCCUCUUAACUGCAGGAUAUUUUAUCCUUAUGUACCUACAAGGGGGCAUCAUACUCUGCAUGUUACUGUUUCCUGUAAGUGGGGACCCAUAAGCAGCACUAGGCAAAUAUGUUAAUCAAUGUCGAAGAGAAAUCACACCAGUGGAAGUAAUUUAGCCGGAGCUUCUAAAAAUGGCGAAGAAUCUCCCAAAGUUAACUGGUUACAACAUGCUAAUGCUCACGAUAGCUUUUCAAACCAAAAUAAGUUCUUGAGCUCAAACUUUCUUUACUCAUUGGCAACACAAAAACCCUGUAUCAUAAGUGAAAGGCCAAUGGCUUGUUGGGUUCUGAAUCUUCAAAAUCUGCAGAGCGCCCAAGUUGAAAAGGCUUGGCAAGCUCUUUCAAGCCUUCAGUUGUCUCGCCGGAACCAUGUAAAACCCCAGAAAGGUGUACCAGUUGUUAAUGCUAAUGCUAAUCCAUCACAGGCUGCCAAUAAAACUGCUCAAGAAAACAACUUUUCAGGAAAAUUGCAAACUCAUGAGAACGUAAGUGGAAUACAUGCCAAAAUUGGUGUGCCUGCAAGGCGUCCGGGCAUUUCUUUUCCUAUACAUCCAAUUAAUGUAGCUGAAACUGAGGUUGCAAGGAGAGAAAGUGAGGAGUAUACUACAAAUGGAAUAUCGAGGAAUCAAAUGACACAUACAAUCCAAGGCAAAGGUCCAGGGGACGUUUCUCCGGAUUGUAUUAAUGAUGAUGACAUACUUGGGAAUAUUGAUGUGGACCAAAUUGUUAUGGAACAUUACCAAUCAUCUGGCACACCAAAGCCAUCUAUUUCAGAGCUUCCACCAAUUACACCAACUGUAGGUAAAAAUAAUGUUGCAAGAUAUGAGGAGACGUGCUUGCCGCCAGAAUUGUGCUUGAAGUGUGAACAUGGUUCUAUGCUGGGACUUUGUACAGAAGCCUCAAAUCAUUUACAAGAUAUGAAGGACCGUUUAAUUGCCAUAUCAAAUGAGCUUCUUGACAAUGUCGAUGACCUAAGUUCAUCUCAGAUAGAGAAGCUUCGUAAUGAUAGAUUGCAGCUGAAUAAGCAGAUUCAACAGCUUGAGAAGUAUCUUCGUUCUACUUUGGUUGAUGAGGAAAGACAAAAAUCACAUCUUUCUGCUUCCACUGCCCCUCCUAGGGCUAGUCAAUACGAAACUCCUCCAACCUUUCCAUUCAGGGUUGAUUCAGUGAGAUAUGAUGCCCAGUCUCAUGUCAUAAAUCGGGUGGAUGGAAAUGAUGGGUGGGAUUUUUCUUCAGUUUCAUUUCCUUCUGCAGAUAGGUUUGGUGCUUCCUCUCCCGUAGAAAGGGAACCAUAUAUUCGGAAGUAUGUUGAGAUCAAUUACAUUGAAGGUUCAAGUGACAAGAAGUGGAGCAGUCGGGAUUUCCCUUGGACAAAAGAGCUGGAGGCGAAUAACAAGAGAGUAUUUGGCAAUCACUCAUUUCGUCCCAAUCAGAGGGAGGUGAUCAAUGCUACUAUUAGUGGGCAUGAUGUUUUUGUUUUAAUGCCAACUGGAGGAGGAAAAAGCCUGACAUAUCAGCUCCCUGCUCUUAUUUGUUCAGGAAUAACAUUGGUGGUUUCUCCUCUUGUCUCACUUAUCCAAGACCAAAUAAUGCAUCUGUUGCAGGCUAACAUCCCUGCUGCUUACUUAAGUGCCAAUAUGGAGUGGACUGAACAACAGGAGAUUCUUAGAGAGCUUUGCUCAGAUUAUAGCAAAUACAAAUUUUUAUAUGUCACACCCGAGAAAGUUGCCAAGAGUGACGUUUUGCUGCGACAUUUGGAGAGACUUCAUGCUCGUGAAUCACUUACUCGAAUUGUUAUUGAUGAAGCUCAUUGUGUGAGCCAAUGGGGACAUGAUUUCAGACCGGACUAUCAGGGUCUUGGUAUCUUGAAACAGAAAUUUCCAAAUACACCAGUGUUGGCUCUGACUGCAACGGCCACUGCUAGUGUCAAAGAAGAUGUAGUCCAAGCUCUUGGUCUUAUUAACUGCAUUGUUUUUCGGCAAAGUUUCAACCGUCCAAAUUUAUGGUUUUCUGUUCUUCCCAAGACAAAAAAAUGUGUGGAAGACAUUGACAAGUUCAUUAAAGAAAAUCAUUUUGAUGAAUGUGGAAUUAUUUAUUGUCUCUCAAGAAUGGACUGUGAAAAAGUUGCUGAAAAGUUACAGGAAUGCGGACAUAAAGCAGCUUUUUACCAUGGGAGUAUGGAUCCUGCUAAACGUGCUUUUGUCCAGAAACAGUGGAGCAAGGAUGAGAUUAAUAUUAUAUGUGCAACUGUGGCAUUUGGGAUGGGUAUUAACAAACCAGAUGUUCGCUUUGUCAUUCAUCAUUCUCUUCCUAAAUCCAUUGAAGGAUACCAUCAGGAAUGUGGUCGUGCUGGAAGAGAUGGUCAGCGUUCUUCUUGUGUGUUGUAUUAUAGUUACAGUGAUUAUAUCAGAGUCAAGCAUAUGAUUACUCAAGGAGCUACAGAGCAAAGUCCCUUCCCAUCAGGAUCUAGUCGUAUGAAUGUAGCUAAUUCAGGAAGAAUUGUGGAAACAAAUACUGAAAAUCUUCGAAGGAUGGUCAGUUACUGUGAAAAUGAUGUCGAUUGUCGACGACUCCUACAGCUUAUUCAUUUUGGGGAAAAAUUUAAUUCCGUCAACUGUAAGAGGACAUGUGACAACUGUUCAAGAAACAAAAGCUUUAUUGAGAAGGAUGUUACAGAGAUCGCAAAGCAAUUGGUAGAAGUAGUGACGUUAACGGGGCAGCGAUUUUCAUCAUCUCAUAUUUUGGAAGUCUACAGGGGUUCCUUAUGCCAAUCUGUCAAGAAACAUGGACAUAAUUCUUUGAAACUGCAUGGAGCUGGAAAACAUCUGGCAAAGGGUGAAGCCUCCCGUAUACUGCACCAUCUUGUGUUUGAAGAUUUCCUUGUGGAGGAUGUUAAGAAAAGUGACAUUUAUGGAUCCGUAUCAGCUAUUUUAAAGGUGAAUGAGUCCAAGGCUUACAGUCUCUGCACAGGUCGUCAGCAAAUUAAAUUAAGAUUGCUUUCCAGUACAUCUAAACAGAGUAAAACCGAAGCAACACCAGGAAAAGGCUCGCUAACAUCUGGGAGGCAAAGUCCACCACCAAUGGAGACCCCUUCCCUACAUCAACCUGACGUUGAUUCUAACCUUUCAGCUAAACUCUAUACUGCUCUGCGGAGGCUUAGAACCGCCCUUCUCAAGGAAGCUGGGGAAGGAGUUAUGGCAUACCAUAUAUUUGGGAAUGCUACAUUGCAUCAGAUUAGCAGGAGAAUUCCCCGAACAAAGGAAGAACUUGUUGACAUUCAUGGCAUCGGCAAUGUGAAGGUGAACAAAUAUGGAGAUAGGGUGUUGGAAACCAUUGAAGCUACCGUCAAGGAACACCAUAACAAGACCGAUAAGAACAGCAGCGGCAGUAAUGACAGUUCAGAUUCAGGGAAGAGGAGAAGAGAUGGGACCAAGGCUAUGAAUCCCAAUUCCAGACCCGACGAGGACUUCAUUGAAGGCACCGGGAAAUCGAAGAAAAGGUUGUUGAAGAAGCCAAGCAAAAAUUCUGAUUCUUGCAACGACCCUGUAUACGACUAUGUAGAUUUUGAUUGCUCGAACUUCAAUCUCGACGAUAAUCUCCCAGCUUCAAUGGCUGAUCAGAAUGAGGGAAGACUGUUGCCCUCUUGGUGCAGGCCAUGAAAUUGAUCCAAGUUACAGUCAAAGGUUCUGUAUUCUUGUUAAGUUAUCGAUCAUGUGUUUUCUC